AUGACUCCACCUCCGAAUAAGUUCUUGGAUCUGAUCACCCCGUUUGACAACGUCCGUCUGGACUUUGAGCAAAACUUCUCCCCCUACUACCGCUUCCACCUCUCCCCAGACGACCCGAGACCCCAUGGCUUCAUCCACCCAAACACAGUGGCCAGCAUGCCCUGGCCGCCCUCCGUCACUAUCGAUCACGACGCCCGGACAGUCACCAUAGCCUCACCACCACCUUCCCCUCCCUCCACGCCAGCCGCUCGCACGCAGCACAUCAACAGCACCAUCCAGCAGGCCAUCGACUCCGCCAUCGAGGCAGACGUCUUCCCCCACCUCCGCGCCCAGCACAGCGAGCCCUUCCUCAUCCCCGGUGCCCGCGGUCCCUCCCCCGUCCACGUCGAGCGCUUCGCGGCCACCCUCUUCGGCAUCGCCACCCGCGGCGCCCACAUGACCGCCUUCGUCAGGGGCUUUCCCCAAGAGCGAGGCGGCCUCCGCGUCUGGGUAGCCAGGCGCAGCCGCCACCUCGCCACCUACCCGGGCAUGCUCGACAGCACCGUCGCCGGCGGCGUCAAGGCCACCGACUCCCCGACCGCCUGCAUCCUCGCCGAGGCCAGCGAGGAGGCCUCGCUGGACCCCGCCCUCGUGGCCGCCCAGUGCAGGCCCACCGGCGUCCUGACCAUGGCCAACAUCAACCCGGUCUCGAGCCUGUACCACUCAGAGGUGCUGUACGUGUACGACAUGGAGAUGCCCCCGGACGUCCUGCCCACCCCGGGGGACGACGAGGUGGACAGGUUCGAGCUCAUCGGGCCCGACGAGGUCAUCUCGAGAAUGGAGGCCGGCGAGUUCAAGCCGAACGUGUGUCCCGUCAUGGUCGACUUCUUCUUGAGGCAUGGCAUCGUCACCCCGGAGGAGGUCGGCCCCGGUGCGUAUGCUGAAGUCUGCAGCAGGCUGAGGAGGACACUGCCCGUGCCUCUUGUGCCCGACCAGGCGGAAUGA